GGCAUUUAUUAUAUCCAAAGUGGAGUGGUUGGCACUUCAAGGUGGCCGAUACCUUGCAUCUGGUUGCGGUGCCUAAAAGGCCAACUCAUGGGUCUGAGCGUGAUGAGAAAUUUCUGAGGAAGAUGUACCAGGUGCUGCUGAAGGUGGAUGUGUUGGAGGGCAACCUGCAAUGCCCAGAGUCUGCACAUAUGUUCCCAUCGGCUUGGGAUUCCCCAACAUGCUGCUGACUGAUGAGGAAAGCGAGACUUAACCAUGCCAGGCAUCAGUUUUCAUUCUGUAACUGUGUCCCCUGUAUAUAUAAGAAAGAAGCUGUUCGUGUAUCUAAUGGAAAUAAAAUAUGGACACUGAAGUUCUCUUACGAUGUUCCAAAUAAGACUCCACUUGUCCUUCUCCAUGGUUUUGGAGGAGGUCUUGGACUCUGGGCACUGAACUAUGAAGAUCUUUGCACCGAUAGACCCGUCUAUGCUUUUGACCUGUUGGGCUUUGGACGAAGUAGUAGACCCAUGUUUGAUAAUGAUGCAGAAGAAGUGGAGAAUCAGUUUGUGGAAUCCAUUGAAGAGUGGAGAUGUGCCCUAGGACUGGACAAAAUGAUCUUGCUUGGACACAACCUGGGUGGGUUCUUGGCUGCUGCUUACUCACUGAAGUACCCGAAAAGGGUAAAUCAUCUCAUUUUAGUGGAGCCUUGGGGUUUCCCUGAGCGACCGGACCUUGCUGAUCAAGACAGACCAAUUCCAGUCUGGAUCAGAGCCCUGGGAGCAGUAUUGACUCCCUUUAACCCUUUAGCUGGCCUCAGGAUUGCAGGACCCUUUGGUUUAAGUCUAGUACAGCGUUUAAGGCCUGAUUUUAAACGCAAGUAUUCUUCAAUGUUUGAAGAUGAGACUGUGACAGAAUACAUCUACCACUGUAAUGUCCAGACUCCAAGUGGUGAGACAGCAUUCAGAAAUAUGACUAUUCCUUAUGGAUGGGCAAAAAGGCCAAUGCUCCAGCGAAUCGGCAAAAUGGACCCUGACAUUCCAGUCUCGGUGAUCUACGGUGCGCGGUCCUGCAUAGACGGCAAUUCUGGCACCAGCAUCCAGUCCUUACGACCACAUUCAUACGUGAAGACAAUAGCCAUCCUUGGGGCAGGGCAUUAUGUGUAUGCAGAUCAACCUGACGAUUUCAACCACAAGGUGAAGGAGAUCUGUGACACUGUGGACUGAGCACCUGGGUGGUGGGGGAAGCCUGCUGACUGAUACAGCUCCUCAGCCACAGUCAGUCCACGGUGAAGAGUAAGGAACACAACAGAACUAGGCAGUCUUCUUGACUGCACUUUGCACCUGUUUUCUCUGUGAAGCUGCUUGCACACUUAAACCAGUUAGUGCCUUCUAGAAGAAUGCCUUUCUUUCUCCCUCACAAAGCCAAAAUAUACAAGAGCUUCCGAAUCUAAUAGCUUUAAUAAAAGGUUGGUUGUCACUCUGCUGUACUGAGAAAUGGUAAUUUUUUCAACUGAAAUUUUUUUCAUUUCUGUCUAACUUUGCUAUGUCAGGCACUUUUUAUAUUUCAAUCUACAUUGCUUAUUUUAAAAAGUGAUUUCUGUAUCUAUGUUUUAUAUACUGUAAAGGUGCACUUUAUUUUCUUUGCUUGUAUUUGCCAUGUCUAAUAACUGAUAUAUAAUGCAUCAAAAUUCAAUGUGUUUUUAUGUAAAAAUGCGUCACCUUCUUAGAAUACUUCACUUUUGAAAUGGAGUGAUAAGAUAGCAUUUUGGGUAAAAAGAUAGGAAUUGAUCACUAGCAUUAAUUUUUCUGAUUUUCCUCUGUACUCUAAGGCUGCAAAGCCAUGGUCAGCAUUUUAAAUGUGAUCCAUCCUGACAUAUCUACAACAGUGUAACUCCUGGGGAUCUCCUAUGUGUGAUGCAAUUCUCCACUUCCAGCAAAACUCAACAGUAAUACUUAGGUGAUCCAAGUACUGAAAAGCCUUAACAAAGUCUAUCCUUCUUCCUCACAUUAAUAUUGGUCUUUUCUGUGAGCCAGGAUGCAGCAAAGGGAACAGAUUUCCUCACUGAGGGAUAGUAGGACUGUUACCUUCCAGUAAGCCAAAUCGUAUAUUUUCAUUAACAUCUAAUCUUGUAGAUUGGUGCUAAAACUGGAUUAUAUUUUUACCACUAAAUAUAAAAAUAGAUAGUGCUGUUACAUCUCAUGGCACCAGAGAUGAGCUAGCACUUGGGUUUGUUUGGUGUGUUUUUUGUGUGUUUUUUUUUUAAAGUUUUGUGUUAAUUUACAUGCUUGAAUUUAUACUAAAAUUCUGUAAGGUUGAUUGAACUAUUUAACAACUGCCAUCGAAUGUAGUACUUUUUUGCUGUUUUAAAAUGAGGAGAACCUCUGAGACUGUGAAAAAGCUCCAUGUGGUAACUGGCUACUGAGAAGACCCUUUGAAGAAGAAAACAGCAGGAUUGGCACGGACAGGGCAUUUCUGACUCAGGUUUUGCUAAUGUUCUUGUCUAGCAGAAAGGUGGUUAUGGAAAUAAAAACAGUAACCUAGAGCAAA